AUGGCAAUAGGAAAAUAUUCUAGAGUGGAUGGUAGAAGAUCGGCAUCGGGUUACUGUUCAACAGUGACUAUUGUUGUGCUUGUUGCUCUAUGUUUGGUUGGGGUUUGGGUGAUGACAUCAUCUUCUGUAGCUCCGGUGCUAAAUGGUGGAGAUGGAGAUGUGUCUCAGGAGAGUAAAAAUGAGGUGAAAGAGCAAAGUGAGGUGAAAGAACCGGUGGGUGAUAAUGAUAAUAGUAAUGCUAGGCAGUUUGAAGAUAAUCCGGGUGAUUUGCCUGAGGAUGCAACCAAGGGGGACAGUAAUGUUAACUCUGAAGAGAAGUCCGAGGAAAGUACCUCGGAGAAGUCUGCUGAAGAUACAAAGACAGAAGAUGAGGGGAAGAAAACAGAAGAGGAAGGUACGAAUACAGAGAAUGUUGAACAAACCUCUGAAGCUACAGAAAGUAACAAAGAUAGUGGAGAGUCCACUAAGGAAUCUGGUUCUGAUGAGGGUGAAAAGAAAGAUGAAUCAGAUGACAGCAACAAGUCGAGUGACUCUAAUGAAACAACAGAUAGUAAUAUAGAGGAGAAGGUGGAACAAAGUGACAACAAAGAAUCUGAUGACAAUUCUAGUGAAAAGAAUACAGAUGAUAAUGCAAAAGACCAAAGUUCAAAUGAGGUGUACCCUUCAGGGGGUCAGUCCGAGCUUCUAAAUGAAAAUUCAACUCAAACUGGAUCUUUUUCUACUCAGGCAGCAGAGUCAAAGAAUGAAAAGGAGUCUCAGGAAUCCUCCAAGACUGAGUACAAUUGGAAAGUUUGUAAUGUUACCGCUGGCCCCGACUUUAUCCCAUGCCUUGACAACUGGAAAGCGAUUAGGAGUCUUCGGAGCACUAAACAUUAUGAACAUCGUGAAAGGCACUGUCCUGAAGAACCUCCCACCUGCCUUGUCUCUCUUCCCGAGGGAUAUAAGCGCUCUAUUGAGUGGCCUAAAAGCAGAGAUAAGAUUUGGUAUUACAAUGUUCCACACACUAAGCUUGCUGAAGUUAAGGGGCAUCAAAAUUGGGUGAAAGUCACAGGCGAGUACCUUACUUUUCCUGGUGGCGGAACCCAAUUCAAGCAUGGGGCGCUUCAUUACAUUGACUUUAUACAAGAGACUCUACCUGACAUUGCUUGGGGAAAACGCACACGUGUUAUACUAGAUGUUGGAUGUGGUGUUGCCAGCUUUGGAGGCUUUCUCUUUGAUAGAGAUGUACUUGCAAUGUCACUUGCACCAAAGGAUGAACACGAAGCUCAGGUCCAGUUUGCUCUUGAGAGGGGAAUUCCUGCUAUAUCUGCUGUAAUGGGCACAAAGAGGCUUCCUUUCCCUGGGAGAGUAUUUGAUGUAGUCCACUGUGCACGAUGUAGAGUUCCAUGGCACAUAGAAGGUGGUAAACUUCUUUUGGAGCUGAACAGAGUAUUGCGGCCUGGUGGUUAUUUUGUAUGGUCUGCUACUCCUAUUUAUCAGAAGCUUCCUGAAGAUGUUGAAAUAUGGAAUGAAAUGAAAGCACUAACAAAAUCAAUAUGCUGGGAACUUGUGGCGAUCAGCAAGGAUCAAGUUAAUGGAGUUGGUGUAGCCAUAUACAAGAAGCCAUUAUCCAAUGAGUGUUAUGAGAAACGAUUAAAGAAUGAGCCUCCGCUGUGUCCAGCAUCGGAUGAUCCCAAUGCAGCAUGGUACAUUAAAUUGCAAGCAUGCAUACACAAAGUGCCUGUUAGUUCAAGUGAACGUGGGUCACAAUGGCCAGAAAAGUGGCCAGCUAGACUGACCAAAGUACCAUAUUGGUUGUCAAGUUCCCAAGUUGGAGUUUAUGGAAAGCCGGCCCCUGAAGAUUUUGCUGCUGAUGAUAAACACUGGAAAAAUGUAGUGUCCAAGUCUUAUCUAAAUGGGAUGGGAAUUCAGUGGUCAAAUGUGCGGAAUGUCAUGGAUAUGAAUUCUAUCUAUGGAGGAUUUGCUGCAGCUUUGAAAGAUUUGAAAAUUUGGGUCAUGAAUGUAGUGUCAAUAGAAUCCGCAGAUACCCUUCCCAUUAUUUAUGAACGCGGGCUUUUUGGUAUAUAUCAUGAUUGGUGCGAAUCAUUUAGCACCUAUCCCAGAUCGUACGAUCUCCUUCAUGCAGAUCAUUUGUUUUCGAAGGUUAAGAAAAGAUGCUCUUUAGCUUCUCUAUUAGCUGAGGUUGAUCGGAUUCUCAGGCCCGAAGGAAAGCUUAUUGUCCGCGACACUGUUGAGAUAAUUAACGAGCUUGAGAGCAUGGUAAAGUCCAUGCAGUGGGAGGUUCGCAUGACUUACUCCAAGGAUAAGGAGGGUUUGUUAUGUGUUCAGAAGUCGAAGUGGCGGCCUAAGGAGACGGAGACACUCCAGUAUGCUAUUGUGUAA